UUUUCGCGGAGCAGGGGCGGUGGUGCGGCUCCGGGGGAGCCUGGCGGGUCCUCUAGCGCGUGUUGGCGGGGCUGCUGCGCCUUGGUGUCCGAUGCCCGGGCACCCCUUGAUGUGUCUCCGAGGGCCGCUUAGGCAGCUUCUGCGUCGGGAUGAGCGACUCCUGGACACCUGGCAGGGCCCUUUCUCUUUCUCGUCUCAGGAGCUCCAACAUGACCAGAAAGAUCUUCACAAACACCAGGGAGCGGUGGAGGCAGCAGAACGUCAACAGUGCCUUUGCCAAGCUGAGGAAGCUCAUCCCCACUCACCCUCCCGACAAGAAGCUGAGCAAAAACGAAACGCUUCGCCUGGCGAUGAGGUACAUCAACUUCCUGGUGAAGGUCUUGGGGGAGCAAAGCCUACAGCAAACGGGAGUGGCUGCUCCGGGAAAUAUUCUGGGCCUCUUCCCCCAAGGACCCCACCUGCCGGACAGGACUCUCCUUGGUGAUUACCAGGUUCCAUCAUCCGGCCCAAGCCACCACAUUCCGUAGUGGGGCUCUGGCUGUCGUCACCCCAGGCAGCACUGGUUCAGAAGUAACUAGCUGUCAACAGCCUUUUGCAUGUUCCAGAGUCAACCUGAUGAACAAUUUGUGAGGCAUGAAUUUAAGCUUCAUAGGAGAUGGCUCAGGGUCGGCUUCAGGAUGCUGAAAGGGACCAUGAGGAACGUGGCUUGGGCGUCUGUCACCCCCCACCCCCAGGGCUUCAGUCAGAUCAGCCUGUCUCUGUCUAUGUUAUAAAUCUGGGUUCUGCAUAAGCUGUUGUUUGAAAAAAAAAAAAAGACCCUUAGGUUAAAAACUGGUUUGAAAAUCACUGUUUUACUCCGUAUGUUUUCAGUUAUAAGAAAGUUUUCUCAAAAUGGAUCUCAGAUGGUUGAGUAGAAAAUGCUUCCCUCUGAACAUAUUUUAAAGUUUGUUUUGAAAAAUGAGGCAUAUUUGAUCAAGGGUGAACAAUGUAAGACAAAUGAAAAGAUAGCCCUUGCAGAAACCAACCUGGAGACUUGCAGGAACAUCUGUGAAGAAAAGACCCUCCUGACAUGUGAGGACCACAGGAAGGCAGCAGAUACCUGUGGAAGAGCUCUGCAUCCUUUAUCUCUAUGGACAUGUGAGGUGUCACUUGCAUAGGGCUGUAGGAGAAAACAGUCCAGAAGGUUUUGAAGUAACUUUCCAGAGGUCACAUGGACAGUUAGUGCAGCCCAGGACAUAGUGUGAGAUCUUCUGAGCCAGCACGUCCAGCCUGUCUACAGCCCUGUUCAGCCACUAAGGAUUUUAGGAUUGAAAAUGGCCAAGCACCUCAUUAUUAGACUCAUCUCUUUUCAAUAGUGUUCAGUGAUCUUCAUAUGCCUUUUAAUUGAAAUUGAAUUAUUGUGCUUUGUAGAAUGUGAUUAGAGGUACCAACCAAAGAUUUUAUUUGGUGAUGUGUUUUGUGAGUUUGUAAUCAUUGAUUCUAAAUUGCUAUUUAACUAUUAACUUAUUGAAAAUAAAUUAUUUAAGAAAAGAAA